GCUUGCUGAAACAAGCAUGAGGAGCCCAGGAGUCUGGGGAUAGGGAGCUGCAGGUGAAGCAAGAGGAUUUCACAGAUCCACGGAAGCUGUUCCUGCCUCUCCCCUGCGGGGCUCUCUCGCAGCCCAAGGUCUCCCUGGCUUUGGAUGCUGAAGCCACCCAGCAGCAAGUUCUCCCAAAAUGAUGGAAAAUAAAGUGUUCCUGUCAUUCACGUUCUACAGCACGAUUCUGAUUUUAAAAAUGUAUGUCAUUGCCAUCAUUACGGGACAAGUGAGACUCAGAAAAAAGGCUUUUGCAAACCCAGAGGAUGCCCUGCGCAAUGGGGGGCUGCAGUUCUACCGCCAGGACCCUGACGUGGAGCGGUGCCUCAGGGCCCACCGCAACGACAUGGAGAACAUCUUUCCCUUCCUCUUCCUCGGAGCCGUCUACUCCCUGCUGGAUCCCAGUCCCACAGUGGCCAGGAUCCACUUCCUCACCUUCUGUGUGGGACGGAUCGUGCACACCAUUGCCUACCUGCUGCAGCUGAGGGCACCCACCCGCUCCGUGGCCUACAGCGUGGCCCAGCUGCCCUGCUUCUCCAUGGCCCUGCAGAUCCUGCUGGCCACCACCCCGUACUGGUAACAGCCAGAGACACCCAGCACCCAAACCCCCUCAUCCUGACUCUGCUGGGCCCCCGGGAGUGGGAGAGAGUGAGAGUGUGUGUGUGUGUGAGAUGUCAGCAGGGAGUUCACCUGCACCCCGAGGAUGUUCAGUGCAGCCUUGAUGCCAUCAGGAUUUCUCAGAGGAGGCACCAGAGAGAAGGGAAAUGCAAGAAGGGGAUGUGGGGGCAGGUUUCUCUUCCUCCUGCUGAGGAUGAGAGGUGGAAAGCACAUGGACUCCCCCUUGAGGAAUGGGGUCAUUGAAGGGAAGGUUUCCUGAGUUUGGAACUGUGACUGUGACCUUUUCCUCCUGGUUGUGAAUAUCCCAUGAAUCAGGCAGA